UCAGCCCCCUCGCAGAUAGAGGGCUUUUGUUCUGCAUCUAAUGUUUUCAUUAGGAAACUGGGCGCAACCGAGGGAGAGAGAGUGAGUGCAGGGCAAAGAGUGAGGGAGGAGAGCGAGAGAGAGACAGAGAGAGGGAAGGAAAAAACUGCAUACAGUCUAGAUUAGCAUUCAAGAGAUUGUUGGCCACUGAAUACACUGAGUAUUUCUUUCUCUCUUUCUUUCUUCCCCAUAUUUCUCUCAUUGCAAGCACCAGUUACAGACUCUACUCUUACCCUCCAGCUCCUCUCCUCCGCCAUGACCCGCCCCUCCACCAUCUCACUGGGACUUCUGCUCCUCCUCAUUGGCUACACAGCAGCAGGUAAGAUAUGUGAUUGGGUGUGGCUGGGGUUAGAGGUCAUGGGGGAAAGGGCAGGGGGCACAGCAGAUGUGUAAACAACCCAUAAAUAGAUGUGUGGUUCACUCUGUUAGAUUCUGUUCUAAGUUGUUUGAUAGAAGUGCUAUUUUCGAAGUGACUUUGUAUCAAUGUGACUAUGCAGUGGACAUUAAUAGUUAUUUGUGCUUAGUAAAUAGCUGCAAAUCAUUUUUGAAACAAUGUGAUGUCUAACCUUACAUGAAUUUGAGAUCUUUCCACUGUAAAAUGGGCUUGCUCUUCAAGGAAUAUCCAUCUUUGUCAUUCAGGAUCUGUCAAUGAGCAUAUAGGUUCAGCAUGUGUGUGUGCGUGGGUGAUGGUUGGAUGAACAUGUGUGUGAGUGUGUGUGUGCAUGAUAUAUAUAUAUAUAUAUAUAUAUAUAUAUAUAUAUAUAUAUAUAUAUUUACAGUACCAGUCAAAAGUUUGGACACACCUAUUAAUUCAAGGGUUUUUCUUAAUUUUUUACUAUUUUCUACCUUGUAGAAUAAUAGUGAAGACAUCAAAACUAUGAAAUAACACAUAUUGAAUCAUGUAGUAACCAAAAAAGUGUUAAAAAAUCUAAAUAUAUCUUAGAUUUUAGAUUCUUCAAAGUAGCCACCCUUUGCCUUGAUGACAGCUUUGCACACUCUUGGCAUUCUCUCAACCAGCUUCACCUGGAACGCUUUUCCAACAGUCUUGAAGGAGUUCCUACAUAUGCUGAGCACUUGUGGGGUGCAUUUCCUUCACUCUGCGGUCCAACUCAUCCCAAAGCAUCUCAAUUGGUUAGAGGUCAGGUGAUUGUGGAGGCCUGGUUGAGAGAAUGGCAAGAGUGUGCAAAUCUGUCAUCAAGGCAAGGGGGGGCUAUUUGAAGAAUCUCAAAUAUAAAAUAUAUUUUGAUUUGUUUAACACUUUUUUGGUUACUACAUGAUUCCAUAUGUGUUAUUUCAUAGUUUUGAUGUCUUCACUACUAUUCUACAUUGUAAAAUAUAGUAAAAAUUAAGAAAAACCCUUGAAUGAGUAGGUGUGUCCAAACGUUUGACUGGUACUGUAUAUAUAUAUAUAUAUAUAUAUAUAUAUAUAUAUAUAUAUAUAUAUAUAUAUAUAUAUAUAUAUAUAUAUAUAUAUAUAGAGAGAGAGAGAGAGAGAGAGAGAGAGAGAGAGAGAGAGAGAGAGAGAGAGGGAGAAAGAGCGAUUAUACUCAUGUAGCGGGUGAUUUGGACGGAAUCAGGCGCAAGAGGGUAAAUCACAGAAUAAAGAUUUAUUCGGCAGAUACAGCGGUACGCAGCAACACGUAAAACACUACAGUGAGGUAUAACGGCGCACUGGAGAAAAACAAAACACAGGUGAAUAUCCCAGCGAUACAAUACAAUAAAGCUCCACAUGCUAUCGUCAUCCCCACAUGAAAACAAUCACACACAAAGACAUGUGGGGGCAGAGGGAAUACUUAUACAGGUACCAGGUGUGUGUAAAAACAAGACAAAACAAAUGGAACGAUGAGAUGAGGGGCGGCAGUGGCUAGAAGGCCCGUGACAACGAGCGCCGAAGCCUGCCUGAACAAGGAGAGGAGGCAGCUUCGGAGGAAGUCGUGACAACUCAUGAGGUUAAAACAUCUGUUUCUUAUUUUAUAUGCAGCAUUGACCUUUCUCCAUGUACUACUCAUCAGUAUUUUUUUUUUUACAAAAAUCUUCCAUUUAAUCCUUAUAUGUCCAAUGUUUGUCUAUCAUUCCAAUCUUGUUUACUGCUCAAACUGACUUCCAAAGAAAAGAAAAAAACUCCAUAUCCUACUCUUCAAGGGUUUAUGAGAAACCAGGGAUGAUUGGGCUUGAGUGUGACUUCAUACACAAGGAAUGGCCAACUACGGCACCAACACAUGGAACCACACACUAGUUCUUGCUCUCUCUGCCAACCCAAUAUUGAUCCAGGAAAUACUCUGGAGAUAUGACUCACAGCUUGUUAGUCUCUUUUCCAUGCGUAAGCUCUGGUUUGUGGGACCACUGGUGUUGUGUAUUAACUGACCUAAUUCUCUGGCUCAGGCUGUACUCUUCAUUAUUUACUCCACUGCACAUCUCGCCCUGUCUCCUGUGGCCAGCACAAACACACAUUCGAACAUGAACACCCCACAGAGACACAGACACACAGAGACAGGCAAACACACACAUACACACACCAUCUUCCAACCCUGUCUCCCAGGGCGGAGUGUGUUAGAUCAGACUCUUGUGGGCUGCUGUGUUUUCCUUUCCUAUGGCCUGUUUCCUCUGAGUGUGUGGGUCAGUAUUUCUCCUGGUGCAGCUGUGAUAGAAUACACACAUGAGUGUGCACUUCAUCAGGCAUGUCAUCAUCUGCCUCAUCUGCAUUUGUCCAACACAUACACUACCAGUCCAAAGUUUGGACACACCUACUCAAUCAAGGGUUUUUCUUUAUUUGUACAAUGUUUUACAUUGUAGAAUAAUAGUGAAGACAUCAAAACUAUGAAAUAACACAUGUAGAAUCAUGUAGUAACCAAAAAAGUGUUAAACAAAUCAAAAUAUAUUUUAUAUUUGAGAUUCUUCAAAUAGCCACCCUUUGCCUUGAUGACAGCUUUGCACAAUCUUGGCAUUCUCUCAACCAGCUUCAUGAGGUAGUCACCUGGAAUGCAUUGUUAAAAGUUAAUUUGUGAAAUUUAUUUCCUUCUUAAUGCAUUUGAGACAAUCAGUUGUGUUGUGACAAGGUAGGGGUGGUAUACAGAAGAUAGCCCUAUUUGGUAAAAUACCAAAUUCAUAUUAUGGCAAGAACAGCUCAAAUAAGCAAAGAGAAAUGACAGUCCAUCAUUACUUUAAGACAUGAAGGUCAGUCAAUACGGAACAUUUCAAGAACUUUUAAAGUUUCUUCAUGUGCAGUCGCAAAAACCAUCAAGCGCUAUGAUGAAACUGGCUCUCAUGAGGACCACCACAGGAAUGGAAGACCCAGAGUUACCUCUGCUGCAGAGGAUAAGUUCAUUAGAGUUACCAGCCUCAGAAAUUGCAGCCCAAAUAAAUGCUUCACAGAGUUCAAGUCACAGACACAUCUCAACAUCAACUGUUUAGAGGGGACUGUGUGAAUCAGACCUUCAUGGUCGAAUUGCUGCAAAGAAACCACUACUAAAGGACACCAAUAAGAAGAAGAGAACUGCUUGGGCCAAGAAACACGAGCAAUGGACAUUAGACCGGUGGAAAUGUGUCCUUUGGUCUGGAAUCCAAAUUGGAGAUUUUUGGUUCCAACUGUCUUUGUGAGAUGCGGUGUGGGUGAACGGAUGAUCUCCGCAUGUGUAGUUCCCACCGUAAAGCAUGGAGGAGGAGUUGUGAUGGUGUGGGGGUGCUUUGCUGGUGACACUGUCUGUGAUUUAUUUAGAAUUCAAGGCAUACUAAACCAGCAUGGCUACCACAGCAUUCUGCAGCGAUAUGCCAUCCCAUCUGGUUUGCACUUAGUGGGACUAUCAUUUGUUUUUCAACAGGACAAUGACCCAACACACCUCCAGGCUGUGUAAGGGCUAUUUUACCAAGAAGGAGAGUGAUGGAGUGCUGCAUCAGAUGACCUGGCCUCCACAAUCCCCUGACCUCAACACAAUUGAGAUGGUUUGGGAUGAGUCAGACGCAGAGUGAAGGAAAAGCAGCUAACAAGUGCUAAGCAUAUGUGGGAACUCCUUCAAGACUGUUUGAAAAGCAUUCCAGGUGAAGCUGGUUGAGAGAAUGGCAAGAGUGUGCAAAGCUGUCAUCAAGGCAAGGGGGGGCUAUUUGAAUAAUAUCACAUAUAAAAUAUAUUUUGAUUUGUUUAACACUUUUUGGGUUACUACAUGAUUCCUUAUGUGUUAUUUCAUAGUUUUGAUGUCUUCACUGUUAUUCUACAAUGUAGAACAUAGUAAAAAUCAAGAAAAACCUUUGAAUGAGUAGGUGUGUCCAAACUUUUGACUGAUACUGUACACAAACACACACACACACACACACACACACACACACACACACACACACACACACACACACACACACACACACACACACACACACACACACCAGUGGUGUAGCACAGUUUCCCUGAAAAACUGUUGCAGUGGACAGAGAGAAACAUUUGCAGUUUUAUAUGUAGAGAUCCUAUUAAAUUACUAGCAUUCUAAUUCUAAUUCUAAUUAUAUGGUUUUAUAGCUAAUCUCAUGCUAUUUUACACAGCCAUGAGGCUGGGAUAAGAUAUUGCAGUUUAAAAUCUAAUUUCCUGCAAUAAAAAAAUGAAUCAUGGCUUAUGAUGUGUUCACGGCUUUUGACAUUAUCGAUCAUAGUCUGCUGAUGGAAAAACAUAUGUGUUAUGGCUUUACACCCCCUGCUAUAUUGUGGAUAAAGAGUUACCUGUCUAACAGAACACAGAGGGUAUUCUUUAAUGGAAGCCUCUCCAACAUAAUCCAGGUUGAAUCAGGUAUUCCCCAGGGCAGCUGUCUAGGCCCCUUACUUUUUCUAAUCUUUACUAAUGACAUGCCACAGGCUUUGAGUAAAGCCAGUGUGUCUAUGUAUGCGGAUGACUCAACACUAUACACGUCAUCUACUACAGCGAGUGAAAUCACUGCAACACUUAACAAAGAGCUGCAGUUAGUUUCAGAAUGAGUGGCAAGGAAUAAGUUAGUCCUAAAUAUUUCAAAAAGUAAAAGCAUUGUAUUUGGGACAAAUCAUUCACUAAUCCCUAAACCUCAACUAAAUAUUGUAGUAAAUUAUGUGGAAAUUGAGCAGGUUGAGGUGAUUAAACUGCUUGGAGUAACACUGGAUUGUAAACUGUCAUGGUCAAAACAUGUGUAUACAACAGUAGCUAAAAUGGGGAGAUGUCUGUCCAUAAGAAAGGGCUGCUCUGCCUUUUUAACAACACUAUCAACAAGGCAGUUCCUACAGGCUCUAGUUUUGUCGCACCUGGACUACUGUUCAGUCGUGUGGUCAGGUGCCACAAAGCUGGACCUCGAAAAAUUACAAUUGGCUCUGAACAGUGCAGCACGGCUGGCACUUAAAUGUACACGGAGAGCUAACAUUAAUAAUAUGUAUGUAAAUCUCUCAUGGCUCAGAGUGGAGGAGAGAUUGACUUCAUCACUACUUGUUUUUGUAAGAAGUGUUGUCAUGCUGAAUGCACCAAGGUGUCUGUUUAAACUACUAGCACACAGCUCAGUCAAUUCACAAUCCCCAAGUCAACAGGGAGGCGCAUAGUACUACAUAGAGCCAUGGCUACAUGGAACUCUAUUCCACAUCAGGUAAUUGAUGCAAGCAGUAGUAUCAGAAAAAUGAUAAAAAUACACCUUAUGGAACAGCGGGGACUGUGAAGAGACACACACACACAGGCACAGACACACAUGAUAAGACACACACUCUACACACACGUACACAUGGAUUUUGUAUUGUAGAUAUGUGAUAGUAGAGUAGUGGCCUGAGGGAACACACUUAAUGUGUUGUGAAAAGUGUUAUGAAAUGUUAUGUAAUGGAAUAUUGUAAAGUGUAUAUAACUGCCUUAAUGUUGCUGGACCCCAGGAAGAGUAGCUGCUGCCCCUCCGUGGGACCCCAAAGCUUUUUUUAAGGGGGGGGGGGGGGGCUUUGGGGUGGUGCGGGGUGGUGUGCUACGCCAGUGACACACACACUCACUUCCCUGACAAGCUUUACCUGCAGUGUUAGGGUAUUUUGGUUCCCCUCCAUGUUGAUAACCAAACCAGAGCAGCACAGGCUGUUUAAACUGACAGAGCAGGGAAUUCUGGCAUUCAACAGCAAACCACUAUGUUCAGGUUACAUACGCUGGAUAACUAUAGAACUGAGACAGCAUCCACUGUGUGUGUGUGUGUGUAUGUUCACUGUGUGUGUGCGUUUCUUUGUGUGUGCGCAAAUGUACAUGCGAUCACGUGCUAAAUAUGCAUCUUUCACAGAUUGUGAUCAAUUGAUGUUCACAUGUGACACGUCUUCCUAAGAAAAAAAGUCCUUAACUAUUGUAGUUUGCCAACUGGCUCAUACACCCAGAUUAAUUUCAUUUACUGAAAGUUAAGGGUCCAUAUGUCUGUAGUACUGAUGCAGAGACACCUGGUAUGUUUGUCCAUUGAGAGAAAUCUAAAGAGGAGCUCUAUCUUACAUUCAUCCUUUGGGUUUCCUUGGCUUUAGUCCUGGAUAUGAUCUGUUGUGUUGUAAUGGAGCUUAUAAAAUUGUACCGCGGGAUAGCUCCAUAAAAACAGCACAACUGGUAAUCCAUGGCUGCUAUUCACAGGGCACUGGAGGACAGUCAUGACGCCGGAAAAUGUGUGUUAAUUUUUUUGACAGGCAGGGAAUAGACAACUAUAAAUAUGAGGCCAAAUUAAACCCUCAAUAGACUGCUAUAUAUCAGAGAGGAAGAGGCAAAGCGAGAGGGUUUACUCCACCUAAAAUCUGUCCACGUUCAGCAGGUCAUUAGUUAUUAAGCAAGAGAGCAGUUUUUGUAUGGGGGGCAAGGAGAAUUUAGUCAAGAUAAAAAUGUAUUGCUAUUUUGAUACGUGAGGCAUAUUUGAUCUAAUAGAAGUUUCGUAAUGCUUAGGUUGUUACGAGGGUACUGAUAGAAGUGUGAUGCACGUGACAUCACGGCAACUUUCAGAAAAAACACUUUACUUCGGAGUUGUCCCUUUUUGAAAUUCGAGACGGUCUAUGCAUAUUCAUGAGGCUAGCAUAGCAUCUCACUUUUACAUUUUAGUCAUUUAGCAGACGCUCUUAUCCAGAGCGACUUACAGUUAGUGCAUACAUUUUCAUACUGGCCCCCCAUGGGAAACGAACCCACAACCCUGGCGUUGCAAGCGCCAUGCUCUACCAACUGAGCUACAGGGGACUACCUGCCAUUGAAUACAGGCGGUUGACGUCAACAACCAUCAUCAAAUGUUCAAAAAAGAAUUCAAAUAACAAGAUGUAUCUACCAAUCCAAAGAGAGUAAAAGGUGAGAGCUUGAGAGCUUGCCGUUCCGUUAGGUGGACUACUAAUCCCAUUGUUAGGGAGGAGACAUAGGCAUCUCGUCAUUAUAUCCAGUAUCUCUGUAUACAGUAUACAGUAUGUUGUAUGUAACUGUCUUUGUCUUGUGUUUGUAAUACCCUUUAGCGUGCACAUAAUGUCACAAAUUAACUUUACCUAAGGGCCUGGGACAAUAUAUAGUAAGUAAGAAAUGUCUAGCUUAAAGACCUAUGUUAAACAGUUCUGUGAUGUCAUGGAAACCAGAUGCAACAGGAAGUGUGGCUGAAGAGAAUAGAAAGGACACCAUGCAAUAGAUUAUGCAUGGUCUAUGCUCCACGAAUCAUUAAGAAGAAGCUUGUCUUCACAGACAUACGGACCACACAUCCCAGCCACAUUCAUCACAUCCAUCGGCAGAGACCAGAGCUUCAGCUCACAGACAAAAUAGGGGGCUCUUAAAAAGGGGGUGGGUGGUUAAUUGGAACCAUGAAACCUGGAUGGCAAAGAGAAAAAGCUGGUGGAACAAUGUAUAUGGAGGUUUCUUCACCACACCCAACCCAUAAAGGUUCAAGGUUGAUUCAAAGUGUGACCGCCUCACGGUUCACAUCCAGACAAAGGGUUGUAUCAAAGCUAUGCCAUUUCUUGUAGUAGACUACUUAGCCUAAAGGUGUACAGGUAAAACACAGGCAGGGAUGCUGCUCCUUAAUGCUUACCCUGGAUCAGCAGCAUCUCCUCUAAACAAACUGGUUCCCGUCCUGGUGAGAGUGAGGGUGAACUGAUCCCAGCUCAGUUUGUGGCAGCGCAAUGUCAACAGAAUGGCAUGUGGUCAGGGGUUGUGGUGAACUGGAUGGCUGGGCUGCAGGCUGCCUGCAGAGCAGAGCUGUAGAGGUAAAAGAAAACACUUGGAACGGGCUGUGAACCAGUCAGAGGGAGAGCGAGAGAGAGAGAGGAAGGAGCAGGAGAGGAGACAAGGAAUACUUGUUUUGGUGACCUUUAGCGAUUAGCUGGAUGAAGAUGUAUAAUGGAACUCAAGCUGUGGAUAGAGAUAGUAGACAGAAAUACACAGGCCUAGGGAGGAUUUGAGAAUUUUGCUGUGCUGGGUAUUGGGGUCCAUACAUACUACAAUGUGUCCUAUAGUCUAGGCUGUAUGUAGGAUACUAAGAUAUUGUAAUGUAAAGAUAACGUGUGUUGAUAAAGUCAGAAAUACAGUUAGAAAUCAUUUUUUAUCGUAUGGAAAAUCAUGCCUUCUGCUUUAUGUUUUCCAUCAGGACCUGAGUCUGAGCUCCAACCCAGAGCUGUUCGGUCAAGUGCCUGUCAGGACCACAGUGCUCUUCAUGACAGACUGGAUGUAGUGGAGAAGGUAGAGUAAGAAGCAAUGCUUUUCACUGUCUCUUUCUGUCACACUAUAACAAAAGAAUAUGAUGGUGUUAUAAAGCCUUCAUAAACCCUUUAUCCCUUUAACUGUCUCUUCUUGAAAAACAUGUUGAAAAAAUUAUUUGACCUUACAUUCCUAUUACUAAUAACUCAAAUAAGAACUAGAAAUAUAUAUUUUUCAACUUUAUGUUUAAUUUGUAAAUUACAGAGCUCUACCAGGUGGUUGAGAAGUCACAUUAGAAUGGCAAUUUGCAUAGAAUUGUUACUCAUCUAAAAAAUAGAACAUAAAUUACUUAGGCCUGCUUCAAUGGCUUUCAUAAGUAGGCAAGCAUUGUUAAAUGAGGACUGAUGUCAAAUUUGAACACAUUAUGGUAAUUUUGUGUGUCCAAAGAUGAAUAUUCAAUUACAUUGAAAUUCAUGUGUUUUCAGGUAGUGUACAGUGCAAUAUCCCCUAAAAUGGUUUUCUUGAAUUUGAAAUGAUCUAGGUCAGGGAUGGCCAACUAGCGGCCCCCCUUUUGUAGGCCCACAGAUCAAUUUCCCCAAAAAAUUCAAUUAAAAUUAGGAACACAGUCAGUGUCUCAACUUACUGUUGAGAGUUAGAAUAGUAGAUACACAAUGCAUUUUGAAAUUUGGUUGUGCAUCAGCAGUUUUUCUCUUGUUAUGUCAGUCACUGACAGUCACUGAAUUAGCCCAUGCCAUCUAAACAUUUUUUAGAUUGGUAAAUUCGUCUAGCCAGCUAUCUACAGUGAGGGAAAAAAGUAUUUGAUCCCCUGCUGAUUUUGUACGUUUGCCCACUGACAAAGAAAUUAUCAGUCUAUAAUUUUAAUGGUAGGUUUAUUUGAACAGUGAGAGACAGAAUAACAACAAAAAAAUCCAGAAAAAAACGCAUGAAAAAAAGGUUAUAAAUUGAUUUGCAUUUUAAUGAGGGAAAUAAGUAUUUGACCCCCUCUGAAUCAGAAAGAUUUCUGGCUCCCAGGUGUCUUUUAUACAGGUAACGAGCCUAGAUUAGGAGCACACUCUUAAAGGGAGUGCUCCUAAUCUUAGCUUGUUACCUGUAUAAAAGACACCUGUCCACAGAAGCAAUCAAUCAAUCAGAUUCCAAACUCUCCACCAUGGCCAAGACCAAAGAGCUCUCCAAGGAUGUCAGGGACAAGAUUGUAGACCUACACAAGGCUGGAAUGGGCUACAAGACCAUCGCCAAGCAGCUUGGUGAGAAGGUGACAACAGUUGGUGCGAUUAUUCGCAAAUGGAAGAAACACAAAAUAACUGUCAAUCUCCCUCGGCCUGGGGCUCCAUGCAAGAUCUCACCUCGUGGAGUUGCAAUGAUCAUGAGAACGGUGAGGAAUCAGCCCAGAACUACACGGGAGGAUCUUGUCAAUGAUCUCAAGGCAGCUGGGACCAUAGUCACCAAGAAAACAAUUGGUAACACACUACGCCGUGAAGGACUGAAAUCCUGCAGCGCCCGCAAGGUCCCCCUGCUCAAGAAAGCACAUAUACAGGCCCGUCUGAAGUUUGCCAAUGAACAUCUGAAUGAUUCAGAGGAGAACUGGGUGAAAGUGUUGUGGUCAGAUGAGACCAAAAUCGAGCUCUUUGGCAUCAACUCAACUCGCCGUGUUUGGAGGAGGAGGAAUGCUGCCUAUGACCCCAAGAACACCAUCCCCACCGUCAAACAUGGAGGUGGAAACAUUAUGCUUUGGGGGUGUUUUUCUGCUAAGGGGACAGGACAACUUCACUGCAUCAAAGGGAUGAUGGACGGGGCCAUGUACCAUCAAAUCUUGGAUGAGAACCUCCUUCCCUCAGCCAGGACAUUGAAAAUGGGUCGUGGAUGGGUAUUCCAGCAUGACAAUGACCCAAAACACACGGCCAAGGCAACAAAGGAGUGGCUCAAGAAGAAGCACAUUAAGGUCCUGGAGUGGCCUAGCCAGUCUCCAGACCUUAAUCCCAAAGAAAAUCUGUGGAGGGAGUUGAAGGUUCGAGUUGCCAAAUGUCAGCCUCGAAACCGUAAUGACUUGGAGAAGAUCUGCAAAGAGGAGUGGAACAAAAUCCCUCCUGAGAUGUGUGCAAACCUGGAGGCCAAAUACAAGAAACGUCUGACCUCUGUGAUUGCCAACAAGGGUUUUGCCACCAAGUACUAAGUCAUGUUUUGCAGAGGGGUCAAAUACUUAUUUCCCUCAUUAAAAUGCAAAUCAUUUUUGACAUGCGUUUUUCAGGAUUUUUUUGUUGUUAUUCUGUCUCUCACUGUUCAAAUAAACCUACCAUUAAAAUUAUAGACUGGUCAUGUCUUUGUCAGUGGGCAAACGUACAAAAUCAGCAGGGGAUCAAAUACUUUUUUCCCUCACUGUAUAUACUUUGCUUCAAGUGUAACCUCUCUUUCUUUGUAUCUCUCACACACAAAUAAAUCUAGCCUUAUUUAGUUUCACAUUUCCGAAUUUCCAGGGCAGACAUUCCAUCAUCCAAGGAAUUUGGGAGAUUUCCCAGUGGUGUGUAACAUUACUACUUUGUAUCAACAAAAAAAAAUUUUGAUGGUGACACCAAAAGAAUCUGCACGAUUUCCUUUAAAGGAAAUGUUUUUUGUACUAACAAUGCCCAUCCAAACUACUCAGCAGUGGAAUUCACUCAGUCACACAAAAAAUCCUCUUUGGUUCACACCGCCCAGGGAGUAUUGCUGUUGAGUGAGUAUUGAGUGCGUCUGAGGAGAACCUAUUCCCUAGCUAUUCUAUACUGUAGGUCAUGGUUUCAUAAACCAUCGGUUGGGACCCAAAGUGGGUCCCGGGCAUGUGAUAUGUGGGUCGUGAGUUAUGAGAAUACAUCUAAAAUAACAGACAAUUUCUUCUUAAUUUGGGUUGUUGGAGGACGAUUUGGGUGAUGGGAGGACGGUCAAUUUUUCAUUUGGGUCUCGAGCUGAAGAAGUUUCAGAACCCCUGCUCUAGGUGUUUGUGUAGAAUAGUUAAAACAAUUUUAUACCACAGCAUUGUUGAAUACUCAUUUCUGAUUGGCUAGAAGGGCAUUCUAGAAUGGACAUUAAAACCAGAUAACGGGACAGUUGGAAAAUAUAUCAGGACAGUUGGAAAAUAUAUCGGGACACCUUGCAAUCAUGACGCAAUAUGUGCCUACACAUGCAGACCGUACUUCCUACAAAGUUACAUCAAGCUAAACCAACAACUACACAAACUGAAAUUGAAUACAUUGUAAACGCAGGUCCUCAAAUGGCAGCUUCAUUAAAUAGUACCCGCAAAACACCAGUCUCAACGUCAACAGUGAAGAGGCGACUCCGGGAUGCUGACCUUCUAGGCAGAGUUAUGGCUUUUUCUUUGCAACUCUGCCUAGAAGUUCAGCAUCCCGGAGUCGCCUCUUCACUGUUGACGUUGAGACUGGUGUUUUGCGGUACUAUUUAAUGAAACUGCCAGUUGAGGACCUGUGAGGCAUCUGUUUCUCAAACUAGACACUCUAAUGUAUUUGUCCUCUUGCUUAGUUGUGCACUGCGGCCUCCCACUCCUCUUUCUAUUCUGGUUAGAGCCAGUUUGCGCUGUUCUGUGAAGGGAGUAGUACACAGCGUUGUACGAGAUCUUCAGUUUCUUGGCAAUUUCUCGCAUGGAAUAGCCUUAAUUUCUUAGAACAAGAAUAGACUGACGAGUUUCAGAAGAAAGUUCUUUGUUUCUGGCCAUUUCGAGCCUGUAAUCGAACCCACAAUUGCUGAUGCUCCAGACACUCAACUAGUCUCAAGAAGGCCAGUUUUAUUGCUUCUUUAAUCAGCACAACAGUUUUCAGCUCUGCUAACAUAAUUACAAAAGUGUUUUCUAAUGAUCAAUUAGCCUUUUAAAAUGAUAAACUUGGAUUAGCAAACACAACGUGCUAUUGGAACACAGGACUGAUGGUUGCUGAUAAUGGGCCUCUGUACGCCUAUGUAGAUAUUCCAUUAAAAAUCAGCCGUUUCCAGCUACAAUAGCCAUUUACAACAACAAAUAUUUUAGCUUUAUUUAACUGCCAUGCAAGUCAGUUAAGAACAAAUUCUUAUUUACAAUGACGGCCUACGCUGGGCCAAUUGUGCACCGCCCUAUGGGACACCCAAUCAUGGCCGGUUGUGAUACAGCCUGGAAUCAAACCAGGGGGUCUGUAGUGACGCCUCAAGCACUGAGAUGCAGUGCCUUAGACUGCUGCGCCACUCUGGAGCCCAAUGUCUACACUGUAUUUCUGAUCAAUUUGAUGUUAUUUUAAUGGACAAAAAAAUUGUUUUCUUUAGAAAACAAGGACAUUUCUAAGUGACCCCAAACUUUUGAACGGUAGUGUACUAUGCGUUUUUGCGGCUUCACUUGAAGAAACUUUCAAAGUUCUUGAAAUUGUCUGGAUUGACUGACCUUCAUGUCUUAAAGUAAUGAUGGACUGUCGUUUCUCUUUGCUUAUUUGAGCUGAUCUUGCCAUAAUAUGGACUUGGUCUUUUACCAAAUAGGGCUAUCUUCUGUAUACCCCCCUACCUUGUCACAACACAACUGAUUGGCUGAAACACAUUAAGACGGAAGUAAAUUCCACAAAUGUACUUUUAAGAAGGCACACCUGUUAAUUUAAAUGCAUUCCAGGUGACUUCCUCAUGAAGCUGGUUGAGAGAAUGCCAAGAGUGUGCAAAGCUGUCAUCAAGGCAAAUGGUGGCUAUUUGAAGAAUCUCAAAUAUAAAUCUAUUUUGAUUUGUUUAACACUUAUUUGGUUAAUACAUGAUUCCAUAUGUGUUAUUUCAUAGUUUUGAUGUCUUCACUAUUAUCGUGGUCCUCUGUAGCUCAGCUGGUAGAGCACGGCGCUUGUAACGCCAAGGUAGUGGGUUCGAUCCCCCAGGACCACCCAUACACAAAAAUGUAUGCACGCACAACUGUAAGUCGCUUUGGAUAAAAGUGUCUGCUAAAUGGCAUAUUAUUAUUAUAUUAUUAUUCUACAAUGUAGAAAAUAGUAAAAAAUAAAGAAAAACCCUAGAAUGAGUAGGUGUGUCCAAACUUUUGACUGGUAGUGUAAGUAUUUAGACCCUUUACUCAGUACUUUGUUGAAGCACCUUUGGCAGCGAUACUUCUUCCAUACAUCCAUACUUCUCUGCAGAUCCUCUCAAGCUCUUUCAGGUUGGAUGGGGACCAUUGUUGCACAGCUAUUUUCAGGUCUUUCCAGAGAUGUUCGAUUGGGUUCAAGUCUGGGCUCUGGCUGAGCCACUCAAGGACAUUCAGAGACUUGUCCCGAAGCCACUCCUGCGUUGUCUUGGCUGUGUGCUUAGGGUCGUUGUCCUGUUGAAAGGUGAACCUUCACCCCAGUCUGAGGUCCUGAGCGCUCUGGAGCAGGUUUUCACCAAGGAUCUCUCUGUACUUUGCUCCGUUCAUCUUUCCCUCGAUCCUGACUAGUCUCCCAGUUGCUGCUGCUGAAAAACAUCCCCACAGCAUGAUGCUGCCACCACCAUGCACCAUGGUCCUCUGUAGCUCAGCUGGUAGAGCACGGUGCUUGUAACGCCAAGGUAGUGGGUUCAAUCCCUGGGACCACCCAUACACAAAAAAAAAUUAUGCACGCAUGACUGUAAGUUGCUUUGGAUAAAAGCGUCUGCUAAAUGGCUUAUUAUUUGGACUUGGUCUUUUACCAAAUAGGGCUAUUUUCUGUAUACCACACCUACCUUGUCACAACAUAACUGAUUGGCUGAAACGCAUUAAGAAGGAAAGAAAUUCCACAAAUUAACUUUUAACAAGGCACACCUGUUAAUUGAAAUGCAUUCCAGGUGACUACCUCAUGAAGCUGGAUGAGAAAAUGCCAAGAGUGUGCAAAGCUGUCAUCAAGGCAAAGGGUGGCUAUUUGAAGAAUAUAAAAUAUAAAAUAUGUUUUGAUUCGUUUAACACUUUUUUGGUUACUACAUGAUUCCAUUUGUGUUAUUUCAUAGUUUUGAUGUCUUCACUAUUAUUCUACAAUGUAGAAAAUAGUAAAAAUAAAGAAAACCCCUGAAUGAGUAGGUGUGUCCAAACUUUUGACUGGUACUGUAUCCAAAUGAAUGUCAAUAGAAAACAACUACUUUUCUGCAUUUCGUGUUUUUAUAUUGACAUUUCUUUCUAUAUAUCCAUAACAAUUAUGCUGAUUCAUGAUUUCGACUGGGUGAGAAAAGCUGCCAGCCUAUCUGUCUCGUCCCGACUCCUGACACGUUCAUUACCAUAGGACAGCUGGAGCUCGAAUUUCAGUAUUGAAACAAUGUUGCAAAUGUCGGAGAGACAGACAGCAAGGUUAUUACAGAUAUCCACUGUUGAAAACCAAAUGCUAGUCUAAAAGAAAUGGGAGAUAAUGUCUAGAUGCUUUUUACAGUGAAAUCUAGUAUAUAAAUUACCUGGAUGAGCUGACGAGACAGUGGAUUGCGCAGUCAGAUGCAACAGAGUAAAUAGGGAUUUCAACGUAAUAGAUUUUGCCGGUGGUAACUUGUGGAAUAGACACCCGCUGCAACGCGGUUUCAAACAAUCAGCAUCCAGGAUUAAACCCACCCGUUAUAUAAUUCCUUAUAACGUACGGUAUAUUUGCACAGUAGAAUUCAAUGGUUAUAGUUAAUUCUUACAUUCUAUGUUUGAGCUGCUUUUGAAAGCAAAAGUCGAAUUGAAAACAUUAUUGGCAUUAUUGAAUUUGAUUUUCAUAAUGGCAAGCUAGGACUGAUGGUUUGGUUAGCUAAACUGGUUCCCACUGUCGCUAUCUAGUAAACUUGGUAGCUACUUCAGUGAAUGUUGAACACAUUUUUCCUGGCAAAUGAACACAUUUCUAGCGGCAAAUGUGUUGAGUUAUAGUCACAGUCACGACCUUUUAUAAGCAAAUUAAUAAUUUUGCUUACAAUACUAUAAGCACACAUCUACAGGUAGAAAAAAACAACAACAUUAUAUACAGUGAGGGAAAAAAGUAUUUGAUCCCCUGCUGAUUUUGUACGUUUGCCCACUGACAAAGACAUGAUCAGUCUAUAAUUUUAAUGGUAGGUUUAUUUGAACAGUGAGAGACAGAAUAACAACAAAAAAAUCCAGAAAAACGCAUGUCAAAAAUGUUAUAAAUUGAUUUGCAUUUUAAUGAGGGAAAUAAGUAUUUGACCCCUCUGCAAAACAUGACUUAGUACUUGGUGGCAAAACCCUUGUUGGCAAUCACAGAGGUCAGACGUUUCUUGUAGGUGGCCACCAGGUUUGCACACAUCUCAGGAGGGAUUUUGUUCCACUCCUCUUUGCAGAUCUUCUCCAAGUCAUUAAGGUUUCGAGGCUGACAUUUGGCAGCUCGAACGUUCAGCUCCCUCCACAGAUUUUCUAUGGAAUUAAGGUCUGGAGACUGGCUAGGCCACUCCAGGACCUUAAUGUGCUUCUUCUUGAGCCACUCCUUUGUUGCCUUGGCCAUGUGUUUUGGGUCAUUGUCAUGCUGGAAUACCCAUCCACAACCCAUUUUCAAUGCCCUGGCUGAGGGAAGGAGGUUCUCACCCAAGAUUUGACGGUACAUGGCCCCGUCCAUCGUCCCUUUGAUGCGGUGAAGUUGUCCUGUCCCCUUAGCGGAAAAACACCCCCAAAGCAUAAUGUUUCCACCUCCAUGUUUGACGGUGGGGAUGGUGUUCUUGGGGUCAUAGGCAGCAUUCCUCCUCCUCCAAACACGGCGAGUUGAGUUGAUGCCAAAGAGCUCGAUUUUGGUCUCAUCGGACCACAACACUUUCACCCAGUUCUCCUCUGAAUCAUUCAGAUGUUCAUUGGCAAACUUCAGACGGGCCUGUAUAUGUGCUUUCUUGAGCAGGGGGACCUUGCGUGCGCUGCAGGAUUUCAGUCCUGAAAAUUAAAAUUAUAGACUGAUCAUGUCUUUGUCAGUGGGCAAACGUACAAAAUCAGCAGGGGAUCAAAUACUUUUUUCCCUCACUGUAAGGGAUAAUCAACUCGGGGCUCUAUGCGUUCUCUGGAAAAUAAUGCAACUCUGUGGAAGGUCAGUUCCACUCCUCUAGCGUGUCGUGGAACACACCUUCCACUUAGUUCAUUAUUUUCCAUAGAAUGCAUAGCCCCUCAUUGAUUAUACCUUACAUAAAGGGGUUUUUUCUCUACCAGUAAAUGUGUGCUUUUAGUAUUGCUUUCUUUGGCAACUGUGGUAUAAGCUGGAUAGACAGCUUAAACAAAUGCAACGGAAUAAACUUAGCUGAACAUAAAGAACGAACGACUGGGUCACGCCUAAAAAUAUCGAACUAAUCUAACAAAUGACUGGGUCACGUCUCUAGCAAUCAAAAGAUGAGAAAGUAGGAAUUCGCUUAUAAAAAUGAAAAUAUCAGCGAAAAAUACGUAUUCCUACUGUGUGCUUUCAUAUUGUUUUCUUUGGCAACUGUGGUAUAAGCGGGAUAAACGCCUCCAUUCUGUACAUUACCUUGGAAAAAUUAAGAACUCUGUGUCGUCCAUUAUUUCCAAGGCAAUGUACAGAACGUCAGUUUAUCCCUUACGUAAUAGCUUCACCUUGAUAGGCUACAUAGAAUUUUUGCCAUAUUUCUUACUAUCCAAUUCUUUCAGAUCUGCACUCAGAUGGGUCUAGGUUCUAGGGGUAGGACCUAGGAAUCAAUGUGAGUUGGGCUGAUAAUGACCCUGUCUGUCCCCUAUAUGUCCCCUGCAGCAUGUAGAGGACACAGUCCAGAAGCUGGAGGCUGAGCUGGCUGUGCUGCUGGAUGCCAUAGAGGCCCCUGAGUGGAGCCCCCGGCUGGACACUGCUGGAAAACAUGUGGUGGACAUCCUGGAUGGCCAGGGACUGGGAGAGGGGAGGGACUCC